ACCGAAUAUAAAUAGAUCCUGCAUGGUAAAUGAAAUGCCGGUAGCAGCUCGGCGGUCUUUCUGCUUCGACGCUGCAGAGUAUUGACAAACCAGAUAAGAGCUCGCGAAGGGAGGGGAGCGGCUGCAAUUACGACUGUGACCCAUGAUUGUAGACGAAAAGUUACUGGAUGAAGUAGAGGCCAUCUAUUAUUAAAUGCUUAAACGCUGGUUGCAAACGUGUCGAAAAUACAUUGAAGAAUUAUUCUGCCAGUAGCUUACGGCUUGAAAGUACGGUUUUCUUCAUCCAAAGUCAGUGUCAGUAGUUCGAUCGGCUUAUUAUUCUCUUGCGGUUAUUGACUCGUUUCACCGUAGUCUGCUAACCCCAGUUUAGCUGGGAAGGAGUUUCUGUAGCAGCCUCCCGUAAAAUCCAAAAUUUCAGCAUCGCCAAUGGCUCCUUUGGCAAGGAUCUGCUGUCUCACUUCUUAUUUCUGAACAUCUCCAAUUAUUUUGUUGCUCGUAUAGAAAAUGAGCGGUAGUACAUCCAAUGACGGAGAUCCUGACGAGAGUAGUGCAUCAACAAUAAACAGUGAUGGAGAGAGGAUGGACAGCAGCUUGAUCAAGAAAAUCCUCAACGAGAUGAAGAGCGAAUUCACCAAAGCCAAGCCAAAGGAGGACAUUGUCGAUGAAGAGGACGAUGAAGAAGAUGAUGAUGAUGACGAUGAUGAUGAUGAUGAAGAAGAUGAUGAAUGUAAGGAUAGUAAAGAGGUGAAAAUACAGAAGAACUGUUUGGAAAAGUUUGAAAAAGAUAGUAUCGCUGAUCUGAUGGAUCUCAACAACGAUGAGAUGGACGAUGAACAUUGUGAGGAGGAGGAAGAGGCGAUUAAAAUAUUGAAUGAGCAAAUCAGUGAUGAUGAGGAGACUAGCGAAGGUGAUUCUUCAAAAGUUGAAGACGCCAACAAGAAUGAUUCUGAAGAGGGUGAGGAUAGGGUUAACGAAGAAUCGAUAUUAGAAAAUGAUAGUGUAGGUUUCAAUGAAGUACCUGAAAAACAUUCUAGUAGUAAAGUUGAUGUAGGAAAUAGAAAUAAUUCACCUGGAAGCUCAAAGGUAGGUGAAUCAAAGUGUGUACCUUCAGGUUCAAUUAGGAAAUGUAAUGAGGUAAGCUCUCUCAGGCCGAGAAGAUCACGCGCCUCCAUCACAGAUGAUGAUUACUGUGAAGAGGAAGAUGCUUCCCGACAAACCUUCGUUCGCAAACGUUCGCUGAGGAUACAAUCCCAGGUUAAAACCGAACCCGAUAAUCGGGAAGAGUCUACAAGUGGGAAACGUUCGUCGAGACGGUUUUCGAAGGAUUUUAAUAGGGAGUCUGUUCUGCAAAACGCUAUCGCUAGGAAAGAGAAGUCGUUCAGCGCUCUCAAUUCUAGUGAGGAACGUGGCCAGAGGCGAAGCAGUCGUACACCGAAACAAAGUACGAUUGAAACUAAGUUACAACCAAAUAAAUCUCCGAUCAAACCAAAGAACUUGUCAAAACCUGGCUCAACCGACCUCAAACUCAAACCUAAUCAAGGGGUACCCGAGGAAAAAGAGGAUACUAACAACACUAAUGAAGUUAAUAGCGAUUCUGAAAUAAAACCGAUACCUGGUGUGUUUAUUCCAACUGUAGAGUUUGACGUGAGACUUCAGAGUGAUUUUAGUGUGAAAAGUCCUGUAAUUAGCACUGAUCUCUUCAUCAAAUCUGAAGUGAAAGAAGAGGUUGUGGACGAUAUCAGUUUAGCCACCAGCUAUAAAAAGCCGACAAGAGGAAAUAAAAGAAAACGACCGUUCAGAGGUCUCAAGUAUUCGAUGAGAGGAAGCCAUUUGAAAAGCUCGAAUCGUAUGUGGACCAUAAAGCGUCAGAAGAAGAAUGAAUUGGAAGCCAGUGCAAAGGCUAAAGAUAUCAAGGUGUCAGAUAUUGGACAAACCUGUAAUGAGAAGAUCGCCAAUGGGUAUGUCUCAGAAUCAAACUCAAAAAAAGGAAAAGAAGCUUGUUCUGAAGAGGAGAAAAAUUAUGGAGACACACAUUGUAAAAAGCGCAAAAUCGAUGAUACCAAAGAAGACUCUGAAGAGAAAAAAAUGAAACAAAAUGUUCCUUCUCCCGACGUUGCUGAUGCAGUCAAUGGGCCAGAUAAACCAGAACCAGCCAUGCUCUCAACUUGGAACGGUAGCAACGGUCUCUGCCUGUGCAGCUCUAGAGACAAGCUCUACGCCAGGCUGGGUAGCGGGUUGCGGUCUGAGCUGUAUUGCCAGGCGAUAGACUCGCUGGACGGCCGCCUGAUUGGCUGCUGCAACCUGGUGGAGGCGACCAAUCCCCGCAUAGAGCGCGCCAGCGUCAGGGUGCCCUUCCAGGUGCUCUGCCAGGUGCAUCACGAGCGCCUGAUCCGCCACAACUGUUGUCCCGGGUGUGGGUGCUUUUGUACACAGGGAAAGUUUGUCCAGUGUAUAGAAGGCCAUCAUUAUCACAGAGACUGCCAAGCCACCGUUGAUAACGAGGAGGUGUGUCCACACUGUGCCACUAAAUCAGCCGUCGAUGUCAACAUCAGUCUCGGGCUGCACAAGCAUCCCGUGUUCCUUCCACUGCAGAAAACGCCAAAGAAAGUACCGUCAGCGAAGAUGAGUUUCGGCCAAUCGAAAUCUGCGGAUGAGGAGGAGGAGGGGAAAGCUGUGAAAGAGGAGGUAGUUGAGGAGGAGGAAGAUGACGAUCUCCGUCCUCUAGUGCCCCCCUCCGCACUCAUCCUGCCCUCGGCGCUCAAGGUCGCCGCGGAGGGCAUUCCAACCCUGGACAAGGACAAGUUAGACACAUUGUUGCAUGUAGCGUGUUCCCUUUCGCAUCCUAGGCCAAGGUUCACGUUGAGGAAUAUGUACCAAGCUGCCAGAACCGGAGAUGCAGAAAAAAUGGUUCAGAUUCUUGCGUCAGGUCUGAACGCAAACCACCAGUUCCGCGAGUGGUCGCUAGGCUCGGCAAUGCACGCGGCUUGCCACAACGGCCACCUGGCUGUGGUGCACUUGCUGGUGCAAGCGGGCGCCUCGCCUGACAUACUCGACAAGGAGCAGAACACGCCGCUCAUGCUUGCUGUACUGGCUGGCCACAACCGUAUUGUUAACUACCUCGUCAAAGCUGGAGCCAGUGUUUCGUUCAAGGGCAGUGAAGGCAUGACUUCGUUGCAUUUGGCUGCUAAGACUGGCAACCUUGAGGCAUGCCACUACUUGCUCAGCAAUCCCAACAUGCCGCGAUUCUUUAUUGACUCGGUCGACGACGGUAGAUGGACGCCGCUUGUCUGGGCUGCUGAGCACUGUCAUUCCCAUGUUGUCAGGUAUCUGUUGGAGAAACGGGCCGAUCCUCUGGUGAGAGAUGCCGAACAAAACAUAGCGUUGCAUUGGGCUGCACUGGCCGGCAGUGUCGAAAUCACUGAAAGCCUGUUGAACUAUGGAUCUGAAAUCAAUUCUACCAAUACGCAUGGGGAUACAGCAUUGCACAUAGCGGCCCGACAAAACGCAUUCAGCUGUGUUGUUCUGCUGCUGGCGCGGGGCGCCAAGGUGGACAUGCACAACAGAGCCGGCCUGACGCCCCUGGAGUGCUGCCUAGACGUUGAGAGUCCCGCCUACAAGGCAAUCAAGUUGAAUCUCGAGUUGCGGCCUCAUUCGUCCAAGGCCAGAAGGCCUACUAAGAUUCUCACCAAUGACAUCACAAGAGGCCAUGAAACAAGUCCUGUACAAUGCAUCAAUGCUUACGAUGAUGAAGGCGAACCUCAAGACUUUGUUUAUGUAACUGAGAACUGCUUCACGUCUAACAUCACUGUGGACAGAACCAUCACCUCGUUACAGUCUUGUAAGUGCAAAGAAAACACCGCUUGUACAACUGGCUGCUGCCUGUGUGGUAAAAUUAGCAUGCGCUGUUGGUAUGACAAUGAUGGCAAACUGCUUCCUGAAUUCAAUUUCGCAGAUCCACCCAUGCUGUUCGAGUGUAAUUCGGCGUGUCAAUGUAAUAAAUUGACGUGCAAGAACAGAGUCGUGCAGCAUGGUAUCACAGGCAGAUUCCAAUUAUUCAGAACAAAAACCAAUAAAGGGUGGGGUGUUCAAACGUUGAGGUUAAUUCAGAAAGGCACUUAUGUUUGCGAAUACAUUGGUGAAAUAAUAUCCGACUGUGAGGCAGAUACCAGAGAAGAUGACUCCUAUCUAUUCGAUUUGGAUAAUAGGGACGGAGAAACAUACUGCAUCGAUGCAUGUCGAUAUGGCAACAUUGCCCGCUUCAUCAACCACAUGUGUGUUCCGAACCUGUUGCCUGUACGUGUGUUCAUCGACCACCAAGAUCUACAUUUUCCCAGAAUUGCAUUUUUCGCCAACAGGGACAUCAUGGCCUACGAAGAACUGGGAUUCGAUUACGGAGAGAAGUUCUGGAUUAUCAAGUAUAAAUCGUUCACGUGUACCUGCGGUGCAGAGAAGUGUCGCUAUUCGCAAACAACAAUUCAGCAAACGCUUGAAAACUACAACCGAAAACUUCAGCUAGAAGAGAGCAUCUCUGAACUCUGAACUUAAUGACAAUAAGUAAUAGAAUAAUUAGUUUAAAUUAAUAUUUGUAAACCGAUCUCCAUUUUAAUGUAUUGAUGUGGACAAAUAUUUAAAAAAUGUUAAAUUGUGUGUACUGAUGUGUUAGAUUUAAUAGUUUACAACGAUUCAAUUUUAUAAUUUACCUUACCUUUUUUAAAGUUUGAAAGCUUUUAUCCAAACAUUUUCAUAGUGAUGUGUUAGUUUUCAACGAUUCAAUUUUAUAAUUUUCCCUCAACUUUUUUAAAGUUUGAAAGCUUUUAUCCAGACAUUUUUAAUAGUUUACUAGUAUUUUUACCUGGUUAACGAAUUGUUAUUUUUAUAGUAAUAAUUUGUACCCCAUAGUUAUUUGGAACAACAUCAACAAGGUCAUUUUGAAUAAAAGUGGUUGACUGUCCUGGAAAUAAAGUAGGCCUAUAGGAUCUCAUUCUCGAUUUUCAUUGGUUAGAGUUAGAGCAUUCAAGUCACUGGAACAAUAAUUUUAUUAUGAUUGUCCAAUUAAAAAAUCAUUAGAAUCCUUCUUACCUCUUUCUCAUAAACAAUUACUCAUAAUAAGUUACUCAUCCACUUGAUACCUCAGUCGAUAAAAGCUAUACUACACUCACAUACUAAGUGAUUAAAAUGAUUACUCUGUUGCAUAUCCAUAUUUUUCACUAUUAAAAUUAAACUUGAUUAAAAAAAAACACUUAUGGAGUAAAAAUGCACUUACAUUAGUAGUGACGAUCGUUUCGACCUGUUGUUGGUCAUCAUCAGACACUUGACGUCAUCAUCAGACGCUUGAGUCUGAUAAUGAUCAACAACAGGUCGAAACGAACGUCACUACUAAUGUAAGUGCAUUUUCACUCCAUAAGUGUUUUUUUUCAAAUUCAAGUUUGAUUAAAAUGAUAUUGAAAGAUCUAAUUGCCUUGGAACUCAUUUCUUGAUUUUGAUAUUUUUUUUUAAAGUAAUUAAUGUUAAUGAAAUUGAAACACGAUUUUUCUUUUAUCUUCACAAUAUUCAAGGUAAUUAAUUAGUAGCCUAUUCAAUAAAAGUAAAGUAAAAAUCUGCCUUCUCUUUGGCUUUAUCCAGAUUUUUAUUGAAGAUCAAUCAAAUUGAAUGAAAUGAAAGAUUUAUUAGAUUGAAUGAAUUAAAUGUGAAACGUAUCCUAAAAAAUGUUACUGUCUCAUGUAAGAUUUUGACAAGUCGUUCAAAAGUAUAAGGUUUUUAAUAUAGAGUUUUAUAAACAAUCAGUUGAAUUUCCAUCACUUUUUUCGUGUAACUACAGUAGAUUAAAUUAUCUUAAAUGAACGGUUUAUUUUCGGAAUGUGUUCUGUCAUGGCUACAUCUAUUCUGGAUACAGCUAUUCUUAUCUAGAGAUGGCCCAACACUCAAUGUGUUCUUUGUGCUAGUCAGAUUUAUUUGUAUGUUUGAUAUUAAGUAGAGUGAAUAGUUGAUCAUAAAAUGAAUUGAAUUCACUCAGUCAACACCUCAUCAUAUUAGCAAGCUCAUUCAUGUUAUGUUCAUGUUUACUUACUUUUUGUGUAUUAGCCAACUCAUUUACCUGUGAAAUUAUGUUAUGUUCAUAUUUACCCCACUUUUUGUGUAUUCGCCAACUCAUUUACCUGUGAAGUUAUGUUAUGUUCAUGUUUAUCUCAUUGUUGUUUAAUUAUUUGGGCUAUUGUUUAGAACAAUAGAACAGGAAAUUAUGUUUAUAUUCAGACAUUAACUCCAUUCAAUUUAAUAUCUGAUAUGAUUCGAAUUUUUGAAAUACAAUAUGUAAAUGUUUGUGCCGGUUGCACAACAGCCGGUUAAAUUUUAAUCGUGAUUAAUUCCACGAGAACAAAUCAGAGGCGUUUUUUAAAUGACGGCUUCUCUUAUUGGUCUCGUGGAAUUAAUCACGAUUAAAAUUUAACCGACUGUUCUGCAACCGGGUCUUAGUCUUUUAUAAACGUUCUGAUUGGUUUCUGUUAUUGUUUACUAGUCCAACAAAAUGUGGUACGCUAAUGUCGUUCUUAAUAGCUUACAAAUGCGCCCUAAGACUUUGAAAGUCAAUUUAAAGGAAAUAUAAUAAGAGAAUUCGAAGCAUGUCUUUGCAACAGUGUAACUUUUGUAUUGUUACUAUUUUGCUCCCUAAUUAUUAGAAACUUAUUUUAAAUUUAGCAAACGGAAUUCAUCCUUUUGUUUGUCUGACAAACUACUUUUUGAAAGCAUUGUUUGAUGUUUGAUAAAUUACAGUGUAAUCUGGCUUAUCAAUAAUUUGACUUUUGUAGACAUUUACUACUUUGAAAAAGUAUAGACGGGACUAUUUUUAAAUUAGGUAUUAUUAAAUAAUGUAUUAUGCUUGAAUAAUUUUUAUAUUAGUUAUGUUAUAUUGUUUUUAAGUAGGUAUAUUUUAGUAUGUGUCGAUGUUCUCUCAUACCAAAGGUUGUCAUAAACUGCAGAGUGGCACAGGAAAACGGGAAAUUUUAAAUAUUGUCAUCCCCAAGAAUGAAUUCAUAAAACUAAUAAAUCACUAAUGGAAUGUCAUGUAUUAAUAAUGUCAUUAAUGAGCCUGAAAUCACUAUGUCAAAAAGUGGUUUUAAUUUUCAAGAUUACAUCACAAAGAUAGGAUAAUUGGGAAUAGUUAAUUAAAAAUAAGAUAAGAUGUGCUUUCAUCAGGCGUUCAGUGCAACCUGUUAAGGGAACUCUUCAAUGAGAGUGUGGCAAAUCUUGGUGAAUGGCUGUUAAUUCAGAUGGAAAUUACUGAGAUAUUGCAAUUAUUCAAAUGCUAAUGAAUUAAUUAUAAUAAGCUGUUAUUUCAAUUUAAAUGUUUCCAUUGUAGUCAGGGAUUGUUGUAGGACGUGUACGGUGUAUCUUUCUUUGAAAUAUCCCCACAGGAAC